AAAGCAACGUCAGUCAGUGGAGGGGCGUUUUGGUAAUUUCGACAGCAGCCGGGUAGAUUUCUCUCUCUCUCUCUCUCUCUCUCUCUCGGCAAUAGCCAUGGCUGCCCAAUCACCGUGUGGGUGGUCAUGGAGCUCAUCCACCUACGACGCCACCACCGCCAAAUGCUCUUCCAGCUCAUCGAAUCUCUCUUCGUUUUAUACAAAACGACGACCUCGUUUCACCGCCUGUUCGUCGUCUUCUAAAUCACCCGGUAGCUCCGGCGCCAAAGCGCGGCUGAAAAAGCCGGCGAAAUUGGACAGUACCGGUCCGAGUCCAACCGCAUUGGUGAAAACCGCAAAGGGAGAUGGACCCAGAAGUGAAAAGACGGUAACAGCCCUGAGCUUCAAGUCCUUGUCUGGGAAGCGAUCUCUAUGGCGGAGGAUAUUCUUCGCCUCCAAGAAAGUUAGGAGCAUCCUUCUGCUUAAUGUAAUCACUGUAGUCUAUGCUAGUAAUUUUUCGAUUGUGAAAGAAGUGGAAGCUGUGAUAGACCCGGCGGCGUUUACUGUUGUGCGGUUUGCUAUGUCGGCGGUUCCAUUUAUCCCAUUUGUUUUCCGAGCAAGAGGUGAUGUUGAUACUCGUAAUGCAGGAAUUGAGUUGGGAUUCUGGGUUAGUUUAGGGUAUCUUAUGCAGGCAUUAGGACUGCUAACAUCUGAUGCUGGUCGUGCGUCAUUUCUUUCUAUGUUCACUGUGAUUAUCGUUCCCUUGCUUGAUGGAAUGUUAGGAGCAAUAGUCCCUGCUCGUACCUGGUUUGGAGCCCUCAUGUCUAUUGUCGGAGUUGGGCUGCUGGAAUCCAGUGGAUCUCCCCCAAGUGUUGGAGAUUUGCUGAACUUCUUGAGCGCGGUGUUUUUUGGGGUUCAUAUGCUUAGAACAGAGCAUAUAUCAAGAAACACAAAAAAAGAAAACUUCUUGCCUCUGCUUGGAUAUGAGAUAUGCGUUGUUGCUUUCUUAUCAACCAUAUGGUACCUCAUUGGGGCAUGGUCUGGUGGUGGCCUCCACGACUUUAACCCAUCAUUGUGGACAGGGGAGAUGUUCUGGGAGUGGAUGGUUGUGUUUCCAUGGAUACCUGCACUGUACACAGGCAUUUUCUCCACUGUUUUAUGCUUAUGGGUAGAGAUGGGCGCAAUGCGCGAUGUAUCAGCCACAGAAACGGCCAUAAUUUAUGGUUUGGAGCCUGUCUGGGGUGCUGGUUUCGCAUGGUUUCUCCUUGGCGAAAGAUGGGGUUCUACUGGUUGGAUUGGUGCUGCUCUUGUGCUAGGUGGAAGCUUAACAGUGCAGAUAUUUGGAUCAACAUCUCCCGCAGAGCCUUCAAAAGAUGAAAUGAAAGCUAAGAAACUCACUUUCCCAGUGGUUUCGGAUAAACACAAUGGCUUAUCUGCCUCGCCAGUUAUAGUCAGUUCCAGAAAGGAUGCUCCUGAUCUGCGGAGUAAGUAAUUAAGCAAGCAAUUUCUUAUAUAAUCUCCAGCUAUUGUCAGUUUCAGAUAAACACGCCACGCUCUCUAACGACAGUUCUUUUAUCACAUCAUUGUAACUUCUCCUUGUAAUUAUGUAGCUUAUAAUCCAAAUCUCGAUUUAGGAUAGCUAAUGGAGCUUCCGGGCUCUCAGCUUUGUAUAGUUGUAUGUAUCCCAACAAUUAUUCAACAAUAAUAUGAACUCAUUCACAAUUAUAUGCA